AUGUCAGAAGUGGAUGUAAAUGGUGAUUCAGUCUCCUCUUCUGGCAGCCUACCAUUUACUAGGGAAGAUUUGGAGUUCCUCAAGGGUAUAAAGGUGGAAGAGGGGAAAUCAUGCCUAGUAUGUUUCGAGGAUCUAUCAAAGGAUAAUAUGGUUGGAUAUAAAGUUGAUAUAUACUCGAUUUGGUCAAUUUCCACGUUCUGCAUAGACUGUGUUCAGAGACUCCUCAAGAUACAGUAUUACAAAUACCUUGAAACUCUCUCCAAGACCACCUGUGCAAGAGAGCAACGCACAUUGCUGGACAAGGGACCACCAAUCAACAUUUCAGAUCGCAUCGGAUUUCCACUAUCUGGAAGUCAAGAAGUGUUCUGUCUCUUUGAUUUUAAUACAUUCAAACCCCUAUCUGCCAAAUUAGAUGGGAGCUUGACUGGACAAGCAAGACAAGAUCUCUGGGAUGAAUUAAACAAAUUUCGCUUCAAAAAUGACAAUGAAGAAUAA